CACUGCAAAAAAUAAGGCUAUUAUUAUUUUUAUAUAUCUAGCAAAACAUAUCCUUUGUUUACAGCAGCCAAGUGAAGGGUCUCUUUAAGAGACAAGAGAGGAGUUGAACGUCCUCCAGCAUACCUUAGUUUAAAGGGGCGAUUGUGGAAGUCCCAUGAAAUGCCACAUAGUGAUAGUGUCACUUUAAAAUACACCCAGUCCGGUCUGUGAACGGUUAGCACUAGGAAGCGCAUCCGGCUGUAAAACAAUGCCAAAACUCUUUAUUAAUGGCUGUAAGAACAGUUGAUCAGACAAACUGCGUAAACGGGACUGGAACUCUAAGGAGUGAAGGUGUUGCGCACGCUAGGACAGAUGUCAUGUGUGAGCAGAUGUCAUGUGUGGUAGUAACUCAAUUUUUUGUCAGACUUGCAAGCAUUGGGUACAUAAAAAGUGCAGUAGUAUUGGUGGAAGUUUACGAGCUGACAUUCAGUUUGUAUGCAAGCGUUGCAAAGGUGAGAUUAUAGAGAAUGAAGUAUUUCCAGCUUCAAUAAUGUACAACAGUGGCUUGUUAGAGAUAGUUCAGAACUUCUGUUAAGUAGGUGAUAUGUUGGGCAGUGAAGGGGGUAUUGGAAGAACUGUUAUUGCAGGAUAGGUUCUGCUUGGAAAAGGUUCAGAGAGUUACUUCCUUUGUUGACUAGCAGAGUCUUGUCAAUUGAGUUAAAAGGUAGGUUGUAUGAGGCCUGUGUAAGAAGUGUUAUGUUGUAUGGUAGUGAGACAUGGGCAGUGAAGCAGGAAGAUCUUGGCCGUUUAGAAAGGAAUGAUAUGAGAAUGGUUAGGUGGAUGUGCAACGCCAGUCUGAGAGACAGAAAGAUUUCAGAUAAGCUAAGAAGCAGGCUAAGUAUCCGUAGAAUUAAAAAUGUUAUCCGGAUAAGAAGAUUGAAUUGCUGGGGCACUUGGAAAGAAUGAAGGGGGAUAAUUGGGUAAGAAAGUGUAGAGACUUGAUAGUUUCUUGGGCAAAACCCAGAGGCAGACCGAGAAAGACUUGACAGGAGGUUAUAAGGACAGAUUUGCUACAGAAGAAGUUGAGUUUAGAUCUAACACAGUCUAGAUCAGAUUGGAAGAAGGUCAUUAAUGUACAACGUCCAACCCAUGCUAGGAUGGAAAACGGAUGUUAAGCCGAGAAUGAUGAGAAUGAUGAUGAGCCAUUAUUCUGAACAUCUUUUCUCCCAUGCAGGAAAUUGAUUCCCACUAUAUUCAAACUUGAGGAAAAAAUACUGCUGAACUUUUUCAGCUGGCGUGGAAAAUAUCUACCAUUAAGGUAAAAUUAUGGUUACCUUCAAUUACAAAUGCACUUUCAAUUCUUAAUUUGAACCUAGUCAUAUAUCUAGGUACUUUUUUAUUCUGCUUUUUUUAUUUAGUCAUCAAAGUUACUUAGUCUUACCUGGUCGGGAAAAUCCUGCUUAUUGAUGUCUUUACAGGUCUUAAAUUGUAUUUCAUUUUUUCUUUGACAAUUAAUAAUAGAAAAGUUGAAGAUCCGCUAUUUAGUAUAUUUCAAAAGACAAUGUCACUUUCCCUCCUACUGCGGACAGCGUAAUAGAAAACAAACGAAAUUGCUAUAGCCAAAAUAAAAUAGAUCAUAAAAAAGCUGAACAUUGAAUGUAUGCUGAACGUAAAUAAAAAAGUGCUGGACCUACAUGGCAAUAGCUAAACCAAUAUUUUCCAAUAUUUGCUACAAAAAAAACAGCCUUAACUUAGUACUGCUAAAUGAGACACUUUAAGAUAUUUUAAAGUUGUUAUACAGUUAUUUAACCAUUGUUUUAUACCUGGAGUCCUCAGCUAAAAUAAGUUAAGAAGCUUGGGAUGUAAUUUUGGCAAAAAAAUGACCUUUAUUAUAUCUAUGCAUUGAUAAAGUUUAAAUGCACAUCCCUUAACAGGUCAAAAAUUGCAGAUGACAAAAAAUGUCCAAAUUUGCUAUUAGUUAAAUAUGACAUCAUAAUGUGAAUAAUUUAAAAACGAAAAGAAAAAAAUAAUUAAAAAGACUUGUUAACCAACUUUUAAAACUCUAUAAUAUAAUUUUAACAUCAUUUAUACCUCGAGUUCCCUUCAAGUUUAUAAAUUUCCGGAAAGACUUAUUUUUGUGUGGUCAAAAAAAUGCAUUUUGUGUUGCAAUAUAAUAAAAUGUAAUAGUACCUUGUAACAACAUUCUUUGUUUUUACUGUACAAAAGGGAUUUUGAAACUAAACUAUAUAUAUUUAACUUUUAGAUAUUUGAACCUUUUAUUCAUUCAUCUACUUCAUUUUUUACUUCUACUUAUUUUUUUUAGAAAUAAUGUCCUUUUUGCCAAGGCGAUCAUCUCGUUCCCGACCCAAUUCCAGAAGCACAACACCAAAUCUUGAAAUUGCUUCUCCUGUUAGAAAAAGAAAAGUGAAAAACCUGAAGACUUUAUAUGGGAAAAUGAGUGGCAAAACCAUUGAAGCCCUGUCUAAAAUGACAGAAAGUGCAAACAAAAAAGCAACAGACAAGUCAAGCAGUAAACAGUUUGGUGGUAUAAAAAAUAUGAAAUUAUCUGACUUUUCCUUAAAUGAAGAUGAAAUAAACGUAACAAAAUCGCCUGGGACUUCAAAGUCAAUAUAUACAGGAGCUGGUAUCAAAUUAGAUGCAUUUGACUGCUUUCAUCGAGUAUUAAAUGAAUGCGUUUAUGAUUACACGUUCAGCAUUGCAGAUGCAGCGCUCAUAUUAAAACAGCUUACGCCUGACAUUAUUAAAAAAAUAGUACCGUUAAUGUCUCAACAACAGUCACCAAGGAAAAUUCCCCCAAAGCAAGAAGAUAAAACUGAAUAUUAUGAAGGCGCUAUUGAUUUAGAAGUAAGUGAAAUAAACACUGAAAAUAAAGAACAAUUGCAUAGCAGUACAAAGUAUUCUAUGAAGCGACCAGAUGCAUCUAGACCUACUAGAAUGUUGUCACCAGGCAGCAACUCUUGCAGUCCAGUGUCAGCAGCGGUUCAAGCAUUAAUUAGCAUUAGUGCACCUGUUAUGGAGGAUACUGUCACCCAAACAGACGUUCAAUGUAAAUUGGACAGUGGAGUUGCUUCCACGUCACAAACUGCGUUAAAAACUAUUAAUACUGAGAUGACAGAGAAUGCUAGCAAAUUUGUUCCCUUAUCGAAACCUUCAUCAACAUCGAAUGAAUAUUCAGAUCCAGUUUUUGCACCUAUUCCAAAACCUGCAGUUGUAUGCAGCACAUAUGCGAAGGAAGCAACUUCAAACACGAGUGCAUCAAGCGAAAUAGCUGAAGUUUUAAUUGUGUCUAAAAUGAACACAACUCAGUGCGAAACGAGCACUGUUGUCACGACUCAUCAGCAAAUUCUUCCUGAAAUCCAGUCUGACCUGUCAAACGGCAACUUUCUUGACACAACAUCAACUGUAAGUGCUUCAGUGACUUCGAUGCACCAUCUCAAUAACCUGACAAGUCAUACGCAGAAGGUCUUUGACAUUAGUAAUAAUUUAAUAUCAAAAAGUUUAACACAAGACGACCCCUUGCCUCAUUUUAACUUAUUACUUGGCACGUCUGGUUUGCCCGUGGAAUUAACCUGCGGUUUACCAUCACCAUACACCAAUCAGUUGACAGCCUCACCAAUGGCUACAGUAUAUGGCAGCCAACAGGAUAACAGCAGUCAAUCUACCGCUCAGCAAGAUGUUGUUACAACUGGAGCUCUAACAAACACAAAUAUUCUCAACGUUGCAUCAAUCUCCCACACAAUGUCGUAUCCCGAGCAGAUAUCUUCCGAAGAGCAGGUGUCGCUGGCUAACAACCUUCGUUUUCCAAACCAGUUACGUCCGAUUUUGCCAAAACCGUACAUGGAAAACUCUGCAGCAAAUUUAACUGUUGUCUCAGUUAUCCCUUCGUCUGGUGUUGUGUCAGCCAACACUGUUUCCCAGUUUUCUCCUUUGGUUAAAUACGAUGAAAGAAAAGCCAUGCAAUAUAGUGUACCGCCAAGUCAAAUAUUUACAAAAUUAAACCAAGCUGGCAACACAAAUCAAAUAUCACCUUUGCAAUUUGCUGCUAUGUCACCACAGCACAGAGCAUUUCUCAAUCCAGCUUGUAUUUUACCUGGUCAGAAUUUAGAUGCAUUAUUUUACACGCAACACAAAGAUUUCAAAUCGUUCAGUAAUAGUAUUACUUUACCCGUACAAAGCGAAAAUCAUUUAAAAACAAAAGUUGCUAUAAAUCCAGGAUUGUUUUUACCGUCGCAAGAAAAAAGAAGGAUGUCCAAUCCUGCUAAAAAAACUGAGAAUAAUGGAAGAGGUCAUCUAGAAGUCGCGUCUGCUUUAUUAAGCAUGGGUACUGAGAGUGGACAAACAAAUGACAACUCAAAAAGCAAUGAUGAAACUCAAAGUAUGGAAGAAAUAAUUCACGACAGCCUAAAGAACGAAUUCUGUCCUGUUACAGUGCAGUAUACCGAGCAAGGUACCGUCAAAAUUGAUGAUGUCGAUAUAGAUCCAAAAAAGCACGUGAUCACAAAAGAUAACUUUUCUUGUGGUAAGUGUAACCGCGUAUUCACGUCUGUGCUUUACCUUGCUCGUCACAUCAAACGAGUGUGUCCAGACAUGAGCCAACGGAAGUGGAAAUGCGACCGAUGCUCCAAAGCGUUUCGUCACCCAUUCGGCUUGCAACAACAUAUUUACACACAUACUGGUGAAAGACCUCAUAAAUGUGUGCAGUGUGCGAAGGCUUUUUAUAGUGCAAACGAUCUCCGCAGACAUGAAAGGACACACUCAGGUGAACGUCCCUAUCAGUGCAGCCAUUGCGACAAGAGAUUUUCAACUACGAUCUCCUUGAGAACUCACACCUAUAUACACACUGGUGAGAGGCCACACAAGUGCCCACAUUGCACGAAAACAUUCGCAACAUCAUCCAAGUUAAGUCGACAUAUUGUAACUCAUUCUGAUAAGAGACCUUUUUCCUGCGACCAAUGUGUAAAGACAUUUAAUCGAUCAGGCGAUCUCCGUCGUCAUUAUAUUCAGCAGCAUGGUAAAGCCCACGAACUUCUUGAUUGCGACCAGUGCAAUAAAGUAUUUGCCACGCAGAAAUGUCUACAGCAUCACAAGACCACUCACAACAGAGAUCAUGCUCCUGUAGUCGCAAAUCAACUAGUCAACACUGACCAAGAAACUUAUAAUUCACCUUCACAGUUUUAAUCAGAUCUCGCCAUCGUUUCUGUUCCGGUUAUUUAUAAAAUAAUUUACAUGUUACAAAAAAAUCGGCAGAAAAACAGAGGAUUAGUGUGCACUCUUUUCAGGGAGUUGAAACAUUCGUAAUCAGGUUCCUUUAAUUUGUAAAUACUGUUGAUUUGGCGUUCCGUCCGCAUUUUGUUUUUUCUUCGUUGUUAUAAAUCGCGCAGCAUUUUUCCCCGUAAAUCUUUUAUUCUUAUAUUUUUAUUAAACCAAAAUAUCAGUAAUUUAUAUAUUUAUUUUUCUUAUUAUAAAUGUAUGUUAUGUAUAUAACAUUUUAUAUAGAUUAAUUAACAAAAUUUGUAACACUGUCUAAAAGAUGGGACUUUCUAAAGAUAUAAACUUUGUUUCAAA